AACCUCCUCCUCAAAUACCACCUCAUCAAGGCCGACAACCUACUACCUCUCAACCGACUCCAACCUUCUUCUCAAAUACCACAUCCAGAACAGCCUCACAUUGACUCCCAGAUCCUACUGAACUGAACAUUUACUUCUUCCCUGAUUUAUUACCUUAAUAUUUGGAAUUGGAAGUAGAAUGAAGGUUGAAACAUCAUCGAUCUGGUUGAAACAUCGAAGUACUAUCUUCACCAAAUAACACCUUUCUCAUUAUUGUUCCCCAUGAAUUACUUAAAAAGUAAUAAAAGUAAUAUAAAUCCUCAGCACAAAAAAUAACGCCUAGCAAUCAUGAAGAACAAAAAUAGAACAUAUGAAACAAGAAGAACAACAACAACAACGAUAAUUCAUUGGAGUUGAAAAAAAGAUGACAAAAAAUGACACGAGGACGUGUGGAUUCUCCGAGUUUUGACUUUGACGAUCUGUCAGUUUCUCUUGACAGACUUUCUUCUCGCGCUGCAGACGAGAGUGCUUUAGACUCCAGUAGAACAGGUUUUUCAACAGAAGAGAGCCAAAGUUGCCAUGGUGCUCUCGAUAGCGCUCGUUCAUCGGCAGAGAGCAGUAGUUCGAGUUCUGUAAGUGGACAGAGGAGCAGCAAUUACGAUCAUGGGACAUCUUCGGUCACUUCGAGAAAUUCUCAAAGACGUGUUGUAACUACCACCAGUACAACUAGAGGUGGUGCGACGAGGUCCUUAGGAACAUUGUCUCCCACAUCUUCUUCGUCCAGUAGUGUUGCUAGUAGCUCACCAACCAGCACUAGAAACAAAAUGUCGUCUUCCGCACGGUCGUCGGAAUUCGGGUCAGAAUAUUGUGGCUCGUCGAAAACCUCUGUCUGCUCUUCGGCAUUUACCUCACAAAACUCUACGAAUUCACCAACUGCGAGCACUCGGAAAAGAGGAGCACCUCCUUCACAUCAGCGAGACGAGGGCACUAUGGUGCGUGCUGUGCCGCCAAGAACUGGCUCAUCUACUUCUCCGAAGAAAUCAUCUGCAACUCCUACAAUGAGUGGAUCAUCAACACAUCAUGGAGGUGUUGUAGCUGGAGGCUUUCGCACAGUCAACGCUACAGCUCAUAAGGCCUACAUGUCUCCAUCCAGUGAGGCCAAACGUCGGAGAAGUGGUGGAGAACAAGGGACCUUUUUGUUUACCAAAUCAUCUGGUUCGUCUUCAGACAGUAGUUCGAGUGGAAGUAGCGGGUCAAGUGGCAAAAGCGGAAGCUCUAGUUCGAGUCAAACCAGCGGCAGUAGUAGCAACAAGAAGAGCAAGAGUAGAGGUAGACAUGUUGACAGUUCAGGGAGUUCCGAUUCCGGUAGCUCAUCCUCCGGUUCCUCUAGCGGUUCUAGUAGUGGCGGGAAGAAAAGCAUGAGUUCCACGUCUUCGAAGCAGUCAUCUUCAAAAGCAGACUCCUCAAGUCCUGCAUCCAGUAGCUCAAGAACAGCUCCUCCAGUGGCUGUACCAGAACUACAAGCACCAGCUGCCACAACAUUAGCCACGCCUCAGGCUGAAGGGGAAGCACAUGGGGUACCAGUGCACGAGACAGGAGUAGAGGAAGAUCCAGCAGCUGAAGGGGAACAAAAGCUUACAUCAACAGAAUCUGCAGUAGCUCAGCAGGAUGAUGAUGAAGAAGAGGAAGAAAGCAGCGAAAGUGAAGCGGAGUUCGAUUCGGCGUUGCUGAGUGAGGACACAGGCGAUGGUCGCGGCGAUCUACACAUUAAGGGCACCAUGAAUAUUCAUUCCAAACUUAAAACCUACUAAGUUGUACAACAGUGGUCUCUUCUAACAACAGCGCUCUGUUUCUGAAAAACUACGGAGUACUCCUUAGAGACGAGCAGCAAAGCACUUCUAUGACUUCGCACACAUCACAUACGGGUGCCCGCUUCACGCAGACUAUUUCAGCUGGCUGCAACUUCGCGGAGCGGGCGAGGCGUAAGUCCCUACAAGAAGCUGAACAGAAGAAAGCCGAAGAACAGAGAAAAACAGAGCAGAAGAAAAAACAGGUGGAGAUAGGAGAGGACGGCAAAGGAGCACCUGGUGAAGGAGAUCAUACAAGUGGUCUUAAGAGUGGUGAAAAGGAUGAGCAUGAGUUGUAACAUGUUGAGUUGUAGAAAGAAAUUUUCUUUUGUUGUUGAAUCACCCUCACCCAGUACAACUACAUCUUCACUAUCUACACUACCUACAUAUAACUUUUAUGUCAGUCGCUCUUCAUUUCUAAGGAUCGAACAGCAGAAGCAGAAGGAGAUACAUCAGGCAAAGACGAUACGGCAGCGGCAACAGAAGGGACAGCGGAAAUUCGCCGCUCUGCACAGCAGCAAGCAGUAGCAGCAGCUGGCGAAGCAGCUUCGGUGAUGUUCCAACAAGCUUCAAAAAUCGUGUCGGGUGCUAUCUUUAAGGAUUGCAACACUGCGUAUUUCAUUUUCAUAGCUGAAUGUAGAAGUAGAUCUCCUCUAGUACCUAGGCUCCGGCGUGAGAAUUACAUUGACAUCAUAUAAUAUUCGUUCUUGGGCAGACUCUUCUUGUUGUACAAGGGGUUGUAUCCGGGCCUAUUACUUACGAGACUCGCAAGUUUCUAAUUACCGCAAAAAGGACUAAUCAUUUACAGUUGUUCUAAUACCUCCACCAUGGCAAGGAACGCGGCGAAUACCAUGGCUAGGAACGCUCUAGCCUCUGGUGGCCCUAGUAAGGCAGAGGAAGCUGCCAGAAAUGAGCGUAUCCGUCGGAUGCGCGGGAUCGCUGGUAGGCAAAGAGUUGCGGAAGUAAGCAAACGCCUCUUCGACAAUGCUGCUGAGAAGCAAGCACGUCUGAAGCAAGCCAAGGAGAAACUAGAGGCAAAGCGUUUGAAGCAGGAUUUCGAAGGCAUGCUGAUCCGUACUGCAGCAAGGAAGGGGAUGGGCGUUGCGCAGCUGAAAAAAGGGGAUUUGGUGAGGUCUGGAACUAACAGAGACGCGAAGUUGUUGCAGAUGUACGAUAGUGGGAUGGAAAAAAUAAGGGAGAAACAGAAGGUACUGAAGAAACUUGUGUCAAACUUCGACGUUCAUUCUCUAUAAUUUAUGAAUAUCUAGUACUGAUGUUUUCACAAGCAACUUUCAGCCCCUUUGAAGAUCUCUAUCUUGUACAAGAUAGAUCGCCAACACAACGUAGAGAUAGUGUAAAAAUUGCAAGUUAAUAUGCUGCUCAUACCUAGGUAAAAAGAAGUUCUUUUCAACCGUCCUCCACAGCUGAUGGCCGAGCUCGACCGCAAGCCGGAUAAUGUGAAGCAACUGGUGGCCGUUCUACGUAGUGAUGGCGGCUACUAUGACAAAUUGCGAGAACAAGGCGUUUUUAGGACGAAAGACGGCUACGAAAGUCGCUACUACCAAGAAGAUAAAGAGUUGCCGGAAGAGGUGAACAAUCUGAAAGACCAGUUGAAUACUAUGGACGUAAACAAGCGGUUGUAUGCAUGGUCUACGGUGUAUCGGGCGAGACAGGUAUAUUCGUUCUAUUACAGAUUGAUUUAUUGAUACCAGCGAACGCAAAUACUGAAAGCGAACAACUUCUUAUUGCCUAGGUAGUAGUACACGCUACAAUAUAAGCCACUCUGUACUUCAUGUUGAUCAAAAAUCAUCCUUGAACCUACCUAUACCAACGGCGCCUUCUACAGGACUUGCGUAAGAAGAAGCAAAAUGACCAGGCAGACGCGGACACGCACGUAGUGAGGAAUAUGCUUCAGAAACGGUUGAAGAGUGAUGGUUACGCGCCAACUCAGCUACAACAACAAAACUGGUAUGAGAAGGCCUACAACGCGUACGUCAUUCGAAAGCAAGAAUUGGAGCACGUACUUUCUUCCUAUGAAUAUAUAUAGUUGUACUGUCUUCCUCUUCGACGAUGUACUUGUAGUGUCUAGAAGUACACUGUUUUCUUUAGCAGGGGCAACACUCUGCUUUUUACAAUAGUCUACAACAUUGUUGAAAAUAAGCUCAACAGUGGAUUACACCAUCGAUCUUGAUUUUCCCUUUGCCAUUUGCAUCCAUUCCUCAUCACACAGCUCCGACAAGACAACGAGAAGCGAGAGAUAUUGGAGUUUGCUGGGCGCCGUAUGGAAAUCCAGAAGAAAUACAUGGCUAUGCAGAAGGCUGGUAAGUGGCAUCCUCAGGGUGUCUGGACUGCCCUUCAUCGUGAUCACGAACUCCGACUAGCCAAGACACAUAACUUGCGAUUGCAACGAUCACUGGCGCAGAAGGCGAUCAUCCAGCAAUUGAUGUUACGAACGGAUUUUGUUUUGAAAGAACUGAGUGAAAGAUUGAAGACUGUAUAUAAUCAAUACUACAUUAGUGCACUUACUACACUAGCUACCAUUUUGUAAACGAGAAAUUGAAACAAGAAGUUGUAUGUCUCGGCUUGGUGCGAAACUGAUAGAUUCAUCUCUUUCUAGCUCGAGAUGAAGAACAUGCUACUACCACCUGCUAGCUGGUCCUGGUUCGUAUCUUCUAACUCCUGAAUUCGCCGCCAAGCAGCGACAGGAACGCCGCAAGUUCCUCAACAUGGAACUGCGAGAUCGAUCUACAGAAGAGCUCUGCUCUGGUCUCUACGAGGAUGCUCUGCUUAGAGAUCAAAGGCGCAAGCGGAAGUUCCAGGAUGACAUGAACGCUGAGCAGAAGCGAAUCGAGUUGAUGCGUGGCUUGCUCUAUGACAUGAUGCAUAGGAACUACAAGAGAGCCGUCAAGCUGUGCGGAAGUCCAGAUGGCAGCCCGACCGACGGGAACAAGAGUGAGCUCGAGUCAGUCCUCCGUCGCAGAACGAUGUAUCCUAGCGUGUUUGACUAUUUGCACGCUUCUCAGCGAACUAUCGCGACAGUGCAGGAGGAAAAACGGCCACCGGUGAUGGUUAAUCCGGUAUUCAUCUUUACGGUUGUUUCUUUUCCUUUACCUACGAUUUUUACCUCAUCUACUUCUACGCCACCUGCUCUUGUGAAGAUAGACUCACUGUGUACAACCUUUGUCUCUCCUCACAACACGACACAGGUCUUCGAAAAGCUUCACGACGAAGCUGUUGAGCGGCAGGCGCGUCGUGAGAAGAUGCGUGUGGCCAAGGCAUUAUUGGAAGCCAGGAAAUUCAAGCUGCGUCAGUGGCAACGAGAUGAAUACGCUCGUCAGACGUAUGAAGUGCUUUGCGGGUCGGCUGGUAUCGAUGAGCCUGGCGCCAAUCUGCAGGUCGAUGAUAAAGUUAAGGCUUCGUGGUUACUUACACCCACUGCCCUGGUACUUACUCGAAUUCGGUACACUCCUCAUGUGCCCUGGGUAGUACUGCACUACAAGGAGGACAAAAAUCAUUCAUUCUGAAAAAUAAAAAUGAAGUGUCUCCGUGUAGCUAUCUAUGCCUAGCAUGCGAAAAGUGCGGCAAGUUCUGAGUUCUAGGCUCAGACCGUUUUUUGAGUGUCGUAAAGAAAAUAUCAGUACUACUUUGGUCUUCCUUCUUCCUCCUCCAUCACUCAGCCCGAUCAUCAUCGUCAUCAUUAUUUGGUAAAAAUGAGAUCGCAGUUGUCCUCGCGUUGUAGAUGACAUCCGACCUCUAACAAGGACCGCUACCUGACCCACAUGCCGUUCGACAACGAUUGGCUUCAGUUCCGAAAACUCAGACAGCGUGCUUGGACAGCGGGAAAGGUGAUUAUGGACGAAGAAGAGGCUUUGGAGGAACGCAAACGAGGGAUCGCAAUGCGCUCAAACUUCUAUGAACAGUCGAAAGGACAGGGGCUGCGGUCGGAUGAAGUCUAGGAGGAUGUUGGGGCGUAAAAAAUUCCACAUUGAGGUCGAGGGGGUCGAUUCAUUUAGAGUUAGAAAAUUGACACUAGAUUUUCUCAAAACAUCCACUAUCAGACAAAGCAGUCUAGAAAUAUAAUGUAAAGCGAACAUACUUAAAAAAACGACCAUACAAGAAUCGGAUGUGUACAUAAAUGAUUCAUAGUUAUAGGGAUAAGUAAGUAGCUGAAUGCAUCGAUUUAAUACGUCAUGAUCUGUAGUAGAAACUUUGAAUAGAAUCAACUGGAAAAUUUGAAUAGAACAUUGCCGCUAAGCUUGGGGUUUUCGUAUUGUAAUUUUUGACAGCUUGUUGAAAGAAAAUAUGGCUAGAAGUACGUUAGUAUUGCAUCACUUGCAUCAAAGGACACACUGUACAAAACAAUCUUGGCAAUUUCGUUUCGAAGAAAUAGAAGAAAGUGUGAAGAACAAUCAUCUGAUAUUUGAGUAUUAAUCUAUCGCAAUAAACCAAUCGAAAUAAUAUACUGCAACAAAAUUCAUUCGCGCAUGGAAUCUAGUCAUCAAAAUCACAAGGAACUGCUUAAAAACUACUUUCGCGUCGUCGUGCAACUGUUGAUUGGAAAAAAGGGGCAUUUUGAUGCUCAUAGGGAUCACUAUACCGCGCGACUGAUGAACAAGUUGUUAGUCUCAGCAGACCACUGGGG